AGUUUUUUGACGAACUUGAUUGAGAUUUGACGUGCUUGGGGGUACGAAAUGGAUUCGUUUGUUGAGUUUAUGAAGGUAAAGAACGAUUGGAGGGUCGUAUCAAAAGAUGUUUGGGGAGGUGCGCCCCCUCGUGCCACGGAACCUCUACAGCAUCCAGUGUCAUACGUGCGAGUAACCUACACUAUGACUGACCCUUGCAGGAAGAAGGCUACAUGUUCUAAUAUCCUGCAGGACCUGCAGGGCCAUCACAUGAACGAGCUUAACCUCCCAGAUAUUGAGUGCAAUUUCAUGGUCGGUGUUGACGGCAGCGUGUACGUAGGGAGAGGGUGGUACGCUGAUGCCUAUAUACAGGGUGUACAUCAUCCUCGGCUGAAGGGAAACUGUAUCCACAUUGGAUACAUAGGAUACUACAAAGUUCUUAAACCUCCAGGAAACGCAGAGCAGUCAACGUGGCAACUCAUCAACUAUGGGAUGAAAAAUAACCUUAUAAAACAACGCUCAACUGUCAGUUAUUUCAAAAGUACUGACAGUGUGUGGUGGAACAACGUCCGUGACGUCAUGUAG